CCCCCCCCCGCGGCUUCCAGCCGGGAAGCCGGCGGUCUCGUCCCGGGGGCGACCGAGCGCGAGGCUGAGCCUUCUCCAAAGGGCAAUGGCGGCCAUCGGAGACCUGCCCGAGGAGGUGAUCGCGGACGUGCUUUCGCGGGUCCCCUCCUGGGACCUGGUGCGCAGCUGCCGCCUCGUCUGCUCGCGGUGGCAGGAGGUGGCCGACGCCUUGAACGCUCCCUGGAAGCACAGGUGCCAGCGGGAGGGCCUUGCGAAGCCCGGCGGGGACGUCCGGGACUGGCGGACGCUCUACUUCCUCUGGCGCUCGAAGAGGAACUUGGUCCAGAAUGCCUGUGGGGAAGAGGGUUUGAACUUCUGGGAAAUUCAUCCCGAGGAAGAGGAUGCUUGGAGUGCUGGCAAGCUGGAAGGAUUUCCCCUCGCGCACGUGACUUCUGGCUUCGGUGCAUUUAGUGGGCCGAAACCCAAAAGGCAGCUCAUCACUUUAAAGGAUUUUGGCUACUGGGAUGAACUGAUGGACCAUGUCAAACCCGACAUCAAGGUGAUAGACUGGACAGAUGUUUUCGAUCCUUAUAUCUACACCCUGAACGUGCAGCUGUUGUCUGCGGAUCGUCAGGUCCUUCGCCAAUGCCACACCGCAGAUGUCAGCGUCACCACAGACACAGAGGAACUCUGGAGCGAGAUUUCGUACACGUUUCAGAACUACCCUGCUGGCGUCCGCCACGUCCUUUUUCAACAUGGAAUCAGUGGCGUGGACUCGGGCACCCUAACCAACAGCAGCGUCACUGUCGAGCCACACUUUUGACAUGAAAAGGAGGGGAUUCAAAGGAAAAUGGAAAAGGAAAAGGAAAAAAUGGAAAAGGAAAAUGGAAAAGGAAAAGCAGGUUCAGUGCCGGCCAUCUUGCUUUCUUUCUCAUGCUAAAAUUGUUGGCUAAAACUCCCAGCAAAUAAAGUUAGAAUGUAUU